AUGGCUUCCCGGGCUGCUGCCCCAGCGCCGGCCGUCAACGGCGCCAACAAACCCUUCUUCCAGUCGCACUGGUCCUCGAGGUAUCGCGGGGCUACCGUUGAAGAUCUCGAUCCGCCCGCUGCUCUCUCUUUGAACCCCUCGGACGCGGUCUCGCUUGCUCUCCUCUCGGCAUUUGAGCGUGAUUACACCCACCUGACCAUUGUUGACUCGGAAACUCGCGCCCUCCUAGGGUACAUCUCCAUCCCCCAUUUGCAGGCGCAGCUGGACAGCGGCAAAAUCAAGCCGGACGAGCCCCUCUCUGCCGCCAUGACUCGUUUCCAGAGGAAGGGACGACGGUACCGCAUCAUCACCAUGGAGACGCCUCUCGAGCAGCUGGAGGAGUUCUUCCGCGGCGGCGAAACCGACGGCCCGUGGAGACAGGAGUUUGCUGUCAUCACCGACGAGAACAGAAGAUUUGUACUCGGUGUGGCUACCGCCCAAGAUUUGGAAGAAUUUGUCAAGAGGCGCCCUGCCUGA